UGCAUUCUGACCCCUGCUCAGGGAGCCUGGGAUUGGUAACUGAGGUGGAAGAUGAGGCCCAGUAUGGGCACAAGGGCCUGGAGAGACCUGGCAGAGGGAGGAAGUGUGUCUUCAGCCCCUGGAUUCUAGGAGCUGUCCGGAAGGAGCCCCCCACCAAGCUGCACAGGACAUCUGUCUACAUGGGGGUGGGGCGUCAGGGAGAAGUGUUCCUGACCCUCUUCAUAGCCUGCCUGCUGGAGGCAUUGUCGACUCUCCUGAGCUCACAGAGGUAGCUGCAUAGGCCCCGCCCACUUCCCACAGCCCUGGCUUCCCCUCCUGAGCCAAGCCCCUAAGCGCCCUGGGGAGCUGCUGGCCAAGGGUCAGGGGUCUGUGGGAGCUGAGGGCUGGCACCUCCCAUGCUCCCCCAGGAACCAUCAGGACAUGAGGGUCAUAGGCCUUCCUCUUCCCCCUAUUCCCGUUUGCCCUGAAUGUCCCCACUCCAGCAGUGGUGGCCCCCAGACCCUGACUGCCUUAAGGAUUCAAUCUGAAAAGAUGCAGGCCAGCCAUACCUGCCACAGAGUCCGGAGGCUCGGUGUGUGUGGGUGAGUGGAGGGGCUGGUGUGUGCACAGCUCAGGAGCAAGGUCCCUGGCCUAGUGUGAGGUGGUGGGGGAUGUACCCAAGGACCCAGCUCUGACCCUUCCUUGCUUCCUCUCCCUGGACCCAAACCGGAGGAUUUGGUCGAGACAAACCUCCUCAGAUUAUAUGUAUAUAUGCAAACGCUGUUGUCCUGUGAGGGGCCGUAGCUUCCAUCAGUGUACCCAAAGCAUAAGAACCUCUCUCUAAACCCUCUGACCCAGCCUGACCCCUUCAGAGCCUCUGCUGGGCUCACACCAGCUUCAGAGCAGGCAAGAAGCCCAGGGGGUCCAUGACUAAUCCUCAGGGCCCUGGGUUAACGCCCUAGCCUGGGACUUCCUGAGGGAAGACAGGCCCGCUGAGGCCAAUGACAGGAUAUGGGGGCCCCUCAGAGACCUGAGUUCUGCCUCUCCCCCUCUUUGGUCGUACUGCCUCAGUCUUCCCUUCUGUGGAAAUGGAGUGGCAGGCACACACGCUCUGUUCGCUGGCUCAGCUCUGACUCCCCUCUUCCCUGUCCUAGGCCUUGGGUGGGGGGCAGGGCCCUUCCUGCUGGCUCUCUGCCCACCCUCUCUCUCUCUCUGGCCCUCCUCAGCCCCUGUCAAUCUGUGAACCUCCCCGAAGCCUCGGCCUCCCCGAGUUCCCUGGGAGGCCCUGGGCCAGGCUGAGAGCCCAGGCCCUGGGAGGAGCAGCCAGUGGUGAGGAAUCCUAGAAGCCCCUCCAGGGGAGGCCCCCUCCAGAGACUCCCAGGAAGAGACCACCAAAACACAGGCGCCCCCUGACCCCUGCCAUGGAGCCCCCAGGCAAGCAGCCCCUGCGGGAGCUUCCCCCAGAAGAGCCCCCGCCUGAGGACUCGGGUGCCAAGGCAGCUCCCAGCAGGCAUGUUCUCUACGUGGGCCACCUGAACCCCCAGUUCUCUGUGCCGGUCCUCACCUGCCUGCUGAGAGACGCCCUGGAGCGUCUUGAACUGCCAGUGGCGCGAGAGCACAUUGAGGUCGUCCGGCGGCCACGCCAGGCCUACGCGCUGGUGCAAGUGGCCACCCCCAAGGACACCCUGGCCUCCCUGCCCCAGCGCCUGCACACGGCCUGGGGGCAGCACCAUAUCAUCAAGGAACUGGUGGCCCGCGGGAAGGAGCCGGUGCUGGGUGAGGGCCGGGAGCCUUCAAACCACCGAGAGGGCAUCCUGGGCCAGGAGCGCCUCUUCCAGGGCGCCUUCCUGGGCAACGAGACGCGCAACCUGGAGUUCAAGCGCGGCGGCGGCGAGUACCUGAGCCAGGCCUUCAAGCACCACUUGCGGCGCUACGUGUGCGCCUUCCUCAACAGCGAGGGCGGCAGCCUGCUGGUGGGCGUGGAGGACAGCGGCCUGGUGCAGGGCGUCCGCUGCAGCCACCGCGACGAGGACCGCGUGCGCCUGCUGGUGGACUCCGUCCUGCAGGGCUUCAAGCCCCAGGUCUUCCCCGACGCCUACAGGCUCACCUUCAUCCCCGUGGUCAGCACCUCCACCACCGACACCCCUCUCAAGGUGAUCCGCCUGAGCGUGCAGGCUCCCAAGGCCCAGGCCGAGCCGCAGCUCUACGAGACCGACCAGGGGGAGGUGUUCCUGCGGCGGGACGGGAGCAUCCAGGGCCCGCUGUCCGUGCGCGCCAUCCAGGAGUGGUGCAGGCAGAAGUGGAUGGCUGAGCUGAGCAAGCUGGAGGAGAGGCUGCAGGCGCUGACGGCCGAGAAGGAACAGCUCCAGCAGCAACUGCAGCAGCAGCAGCACAGGCCCGUCUCCUGCACCUGCUGCGUCUUGUGAGGGCCCAGUGCCCCACCUGGAACAUGUGGGGCUUUCCUGCUUGACCCUACAUUGCCCCCAAUAAAACCAGUCUGGGCUGCUCAGAGAUGGA